AUGGACAAGGGCCCGUCUCAGUGGCGAAUGGUGCUACCAAGUAGUUUAAAAGAAGAAGAGGCAGCAGCAGCAGAAGCAGCAGCAGUUGAAUACACUCCAGCUGAAAAACCUCGCCGAUGGAGUGCAAUGGGGGGGGCAGCUGCUGCUACAGAAGUGCAGAUAGAAGGGAUUACUGUAGAUGUUAAAGAACUUCUCUCUCCCCGCACAGUUGCUGCUGCUGCUGCUGCUGCUGCUCCUGUCCCCGUUCCUGCUGCUGCUCCUGCUGAUGCAGCUACUGCACCUGCAGAAGGAGCAGCUGCGGGAGACUCAGCAGCAGCAACAGAUGCAGAGGGAGCAGCAGCAGCAGCAACAGCAACAGGAAUCAGCAGUUGCGGGCGCUGGUGUCAGGCUGAGGUGUACUGCGAGGUUGAGCUGUUGUCUUACACUCCAUUUAAGUCUUAUAUUGCUAUUGGUGUUGCUGCUGCUCCUUAUCCCCCUCAUCAUCUCCCAGGCCUUCUCCCGGGAUCCUGCGCCCUUCUUUCCACGGGGCAAGUGUUUAAGGGGAAUAGCGUCUCCGUGGCGGACGGUGAUGCCUUGGUGGAGGGGGAUGUUAUAGGAUGUUUAUUUUGUCGCAAGUCUGGGAGAAUAAUAUUUUUUUUAAAUGGAGACCCUCAAUGGGCGGUGCCUUGCGAAGAGAUACUAUUACCAGAGACGUGGGGUGAGGGUUUGGUGUCUCCCCUGGGAUCGCCUCGGGAUCGUCUCCUCCCGCGUCUUCGAACGGGAUCGUCUGGCUUCGGGAACUUCUACUCUUCCCCUGCUUCUCGGGACAUGUAUAUAACUAUUGGAGUGUUAGGCAAAGGCGAUCUUGAGAUAAACUUUGGAGGUAAAAACUUCAGUCUUAAUGGGGAGAUAUCUCGAGUCUCUCGAGGGCUUGUACAAUCGACAGCUCCUGUUGCAGCCAGAGCCUUUGGUUAUAGGCUCGCCAGGUUUCACGUUAUGCUUGAUGAGCUGAAGCUCUUCUACUCCUGCUUUAAUCCGCCUAUGGUGCCAAAAGCAAAGGGAAUGGAAUUCAACGAAGAACUAAAAGAGACGUACGGCAAGGACUUGACAGAUGUGGCGCAGUAUGCUCGUGACAUCAAUAAACGCAAGCUGACGAACUUUUUCCGGCAACACGAUAUUCGGCGUCUGUCUCAAAUCGACAAAAUAUUCGAGGACUUUGAUGGCGACUCGUGGAAGCUCAACGAAUUCCUGCGAAAGACAUAUGGCAGCGAUAUGUCAAGUUGUUCUGUCCGGCGCAAACAAAGCGUUGAGGCGAUGCUGAUUGAGUAUUUCGAUGUGGUGAAGAAAAGACAAGACCUGCUCAAAAUCGGACGACGCUAA